AUGGAGCCAGACGUCCAGCACCAAGGCAACGAAAAGAAAGGUGGCAGAUGCUUUUCUCAGGCUACCUUGGUGGAUUGGCUAAAGGCCACCCGAGUGGCGCUGUGCAAACAUGCGACGGCAUUCACCCUCUGGCUGCACACUCCAUGUGAUCCGUCAAGCCUGGCCAUUGCGCGGAUCCUAUUCGGAGCAGUCAUGAUACUGGAUCAACCUGAAGAGCGCGGCUUGGCCUUCGUGGAAGAACGCUGGGGUGACCCCAAGGAGUGCCGCUUCCCCUUGUUCUCCUUCUUGAAGCCGCUAUCCUUGGAAGGAAUGUACUGCAUUCACCUGAUCAUGCUUCUCGGUGCGAUUGGCAUCUGUACUGGGGCGUUCUUCAAGAAGAGCUGCAUGGCCUUCCUGCUUCCUUACUGGUUCAUCUUCCUGCUAGAAAAGUCCAGGUGGAAUAACCACAGCUACCUCUACGGUCUAAUCACUGUGCUGCUCAGCGUCACGGGAGCUCACCACCUCUGGUCUGUUGACUGCUGGAGGAAAAGCGGCAUAAGAAACACCGACAUUCCCAAGUGGAACUACGUGCUUCUGCGGUUACAGGUGUUUCUCGUGUACUUCAUCGCCGGGCUCAAGAAGACUGACAGGGAUUGGAUCGGAGGUCACUCCAUGGAUGGCCUGGCACGUCACUGGGUCUUUGAUCUAUUCAAGCUGGUAAUGACCGAAGAGCAGGUGGACACGUACGUAGUCCACUGGGGCGGAUUCCUGCUAGACCUGACCGUGGGCUUCCUCAUGAUUGGCACGGCAGUGCGGCCCGUCGGAGUGCUUUUUUGCGUCCUCUUCAACACCAUGAACUCCAGGAUGUUCGCAAUCGGAAUGUUCCCGUACGUGAUGAUUGUGCUCACGACCAUAUUCUUCGACUAUUCGUGGCCCAAGAAAGUCGCAGCCGUGUUGCCGCUGUGCAUCAGGAAUGCGGUGCCGGAUCUCUCCGCGUCUCGGCCCGACUUCAGCCGCUGUUGGUACCCUGGUCGAUGCAAGGGCAACGUCCAAUGCAUUGGCAGUCCAAGGGCCGAACGUCGGCUGUGCAGGUGGAAGAUGACGGCGUUCCUCCUGUGCCUGCACGUGGUCUUGCAGCUUUUCCUGCCGUACUCGCAUGGCCUCACCAAGGGCUACAACACAUGGACACAGGGAAGCUAUGGCUACUCCUGGGAUAUGAUGGUCCACAACUGGAGGCCCGUGCACAUCAAGCUUGUCCUCUACGACAACGCCGCGCACAAGACCCACUUCCUGGAUCCCGAGAAGUUCACCACUUCGAAGCGGUGGCACCACCAGGCCGACAUGGUCGUCCAGUUCGCCCACUGCAUAAGCGACAGGUUCCGGCAGGACUAUGGCAUGAAGGACGUGGAAAUAUACGUCGACGUCUGGAUGUCGCUCAACGGGAGAUUCGCGCAGAGGAUGUACGACCCAACGGUGAACAUUCUGGAGCAGCCCUGGUCGCCGUUCGUUGAAGUGCCAUGGGUGAUGCCCGUGCUCACCAACUUGAGUGAAUGGAGGCAUAGCAUCAAGAAAAUCCGGGGCCGAGUGCAUGCUGCCUCAACACUGGCAGAUGUCGAGUUCAUCGCCGACUUUCCGGGAUUUUCCCUCGUCAACUACAUGGGCACGAAUUUCGACAACACAUCGCUGGAAGUUCUGAAGGGAACCGUGGCCGUCUCAUUUCCCUCGAUGAGAUCGACCCGGAUAUUGCAGACCGGCGAAAGCACAAACAUCGUGACUGGAGUUUACCACACAGUGACUCCACUGAGGCACGCCCCCGCUGGCUACAUGUACGUUUUUUCGGAGAAAUCGCGAGGGUCAAGCGACGCUGGCCUCCCAGAUUCCGCACUGCCAACUAGAGAAAACGGAGAACUUGGCAGCUAUUUGAAGAGAUACUUCGAGAAUUGGAAAAUAAGCUCACGAAGGAUAGCGAACAUCACGACGAAGACGUUCAAGGAGAAGGUCCUCCGUAAGACGUCAUCCCUUCUGCAGCGUCUUAUGUCCAAUUGUGCGAUGUGUACGCCCUGAAGCAUUGACGACGGGAUGCGCACUGCAGCAACAAAACAAUACCAGUGACGAAACAGCUGGUAUUAAAAGAAAGAAAGGAUACGAUUACCUGCGUGUGCCCAGCCUUCCCGCAUUUUAAACCAUGUCAUAUUGCCGUAUAAUGUAUGUGCAUUCCGUCGACUAUACAGUAACACAAAUAGGUCAUUUGGUCCUUGUAAUCCCAUGAAGUGUUGAAGUACAGAUAAAUAGGAAUAGUGAAAGUGCACUCCUUUCCGAAAGACCCUAGAGCGUGGCAUGACCAGAUCCGGGGCCUUGAUAGUGCUGCAUCCGCUAGCACUGAUUCCAACGUUAUCGAAUGUGAGAAAAACUAUAAUCCAAACUGCCGUCCACACCUUUGGAGGACCGCCCUACUACACAUUCCAUUGGUAGCCAUGGCCGCACGUGAACUGGGCGUAUGGAACUUUCGGAGGGCAUUGUAUCUCUAUCCACCAUGUGUAACCACGUUCGUGUCAUAAAUGGAGCUAAUAAUGAAAUAAACUUACUCGUUCCCGAA